AUGGUUCAUCCCGGUAACCUUGGUCAGCAGACGUUCACGAAGUUCCAGGGUAUUUUCGGUCUGUUUGAGUUUUGGACGGACGACUUUUUAAAUAAAAGUUCUGAUGCAUAUACAGUUCUAGUGGAAGAUUUAGCGUAUGAUAUAGACGCUACCUUUUCAGUAUUCAAUGAUUUUCAAAGAGGAGAAAUCUUAGAUGUUAAAAUUGCAGAAGGAAAUUUUACUGAAGUCACAUUAAAUAUCGAAUUUUACAAUUCUCGGACGGAAUCGGAAUUCAGAGAAUUGCUUCAAAAUGUUACCAGUAAUUACACACUCUUCGGGAAUUUUUUCCUAGACUUUAUCAGGAGUAUACGGGGAAUUGAAUCACUUGGGCCAUCUGUCUCAUCAACAAUUAUCAACUCAUUGCUAAGUUCACAGUUUGAUUCCACGACAGCAAGUGACGUAUUAUUCACGACUAGUGACAUAUAUACCUCAAAAGAUGACGUUUCUUCUUCUGCGCAUCUCUCAGUCUUAUCCAGUUCUCCAAUUACACUUCAAUCGUCUGUAACAGACUUAUUAACAUCAUCCAAAGUUUCUAUGACACCACCUUUAUUAUCCACUUCCACUCUAGCUACAGGUGUAACAUCGGAUAUAUUCCCAACAUCUUCGGAGAGCUUCAGUUUACCAUCACUCUCUUCCAUAGAUGUUAAGCCAUCAGGUAUCGUAUUAUCAAGUGUACAAGCUUCACCCUUUCUAUUGUCGUCUGCUUUACCUGUUCAGCAGCUUGACUUUUCUGUACUCAACUCCAGCACUUCAGCUUCCUACAAUACUCAAAACUCAACUGAUGCACGCAAAUUUUCUACCAUCUCUGCUUUGUAUGAUAGUCACCUACUUGCUUCCUUCAGCACCACUUCUGCUAAAUAUACAACAGCAUCCUCUAGCAUCUCUUCCUUUGAAUAUUCAAAUGACCACGCUUUGCUUCAGCAUGUUUCUGAAUCACCAGCACAAAGUGAUUUUGAAUCUAAAACACUAGCUUUCGAUACGAAUAGUUUUGCUUUGAUUAACAUUUCGAAGAGUGCUAAUAGCUUUUCUAUAUCUUCCGCAGCUGAGUACAAAACUAACUUUUUCAAUAGGGAAUAUGAAUAUGAAGCCUUAGACAUUUUAUCUUUCGCGCAGUCGACAUAUCAAGUAAAACCGUCGGUCUCCGUCUAUGCUAGUGAUGGUGAUUCCUACUCUUCAAAGUUACAUCUCCAUGAAUUCAACUCUGAGUCCGUGGAAUUCCCAAUUGGAGGCAUGGCUAAGAUAAGACCAAGUACCUCCAAAACAACGAUGUUCACGGGCUAUUUCAGCGAGGCAGUGGAAAAUGAAGGAAUGAUAACCUCAGUACUGUCAUCUGGGAACGCUAACAUACAUGUACAGUCCAGCAUGUCUUCAGUUAAAACGGAAAAUUCAAAUCAAGUAUCAGCAAAAUCAAAAGCAACAAUUUCUCUUGGAAAUGUGCAGACAACUCAUGUCACUAGUUCGGCAAUAUUCGUUAAUGGACUGUUGUCUAAGCCUAGUCGAUUUGUUCCUUCCUUAGAGGUAUCCUCGAUAUUUCCCUCAAUAGCACCAGAGGAAAAAAUAAAUGUUUCAACAAAAACACAUCAAAGGGAGGAAUUUUCAAAAAUCUUAAGAGAUGAUCUGCAUUCUUCUUGGCAAGUAUUUCCUUAUGAAUAUUUGUAUCAAUCAGUCGAUUUACCGGUCGAAAAGAGUAUGACCCAGGCUGGGAGAGAGAUGUCUUUUUCAAGUAGGACAAACCGGUCAGAGGGAUUGGAAGUCUUUACCCCGGAGGUUGCAGUAGAUCCCACCCCAGCAGAAGUUCAGAGUCACUUUAAUGGGGAUAUAUUUGGUGAUGCAGAUCUUGACAAUAUUCUGAAUGACCUUUUAUUGGAGAGACAAAGAUUGAAAUCUUCAAGUGAAAUUUUUCAACCAUACAAAACGGACACAGCUACUAUGUUUUCUGGAUUACCAAACAAAACAUCACAUCUCUCAGAGCUGCAAGCAACAUCAAUAUGGAAUUCCUUAGCAGCGAGAACAACCCAAGUUGAUGAGGCAAGCACAUCUACACAUUCAUCUACAUUCAUCAGUACCUCAACACCCUUGCUGAUGUCAUCGUCUUUCCCUGUCAUGCCAACCCAAUCUCAUUUGAGCUCAACGUUAUCAUAUUCAUCAGAGCUUUCUUCACUGAUUCAAGAAAAAACGUCGAUUCAAGAAAAAUCUAAUGGUUCUAUGGAUGUCCUCUUAAGUCCAAUUUCUGAUUCCUCAUGGGGACUUAUCAAUACCACGUCGUCGACACCUCUUGACAUCAUAACAAAGUCUGACAAAAUGUCGCCUUCCUUUUCUUUUACAUCAUCCGUUUAUGUUGAAUCAAUUAAAAAUUCAGGACUAUUUUCUACAAUUAGUAAUUUAGUUUCAGUGGACCCAAGUCUAAGAGAAAGUUUAAUUUCCAAUUUAGCUGGAGUUUCAUCAGAAAUAUCAACAAAGUCGAUUCUUCUUCCAAGCAAUAUUUACUUAUCAACACAAAAUUUAUUAAGUUCAAGUUCACAGGCUGAAUUGUCAGAUAUUCCUUCUACAACAGAGUUCCAAACUCUGUCAACAGAAACUCCAUUAUCAUCAGCAGGACGAGCACUGAGCAGUGUGCAAGAGUCCUCGUCUUACUUAAAAGACAAACAUAAUCAAUCGCAAGCAUUCAUUUCAACAGACUCUUUGCAUUCUUUCAGUGAGAUUGGACUUUUCAUAUCAUCAAGUCAGUUUAACGUGGACACUUCCUCCAGCCAAAUUGAUGUAGUUACCUCGUUAAGUGAAAUUUUCAGCCCGUCCUCCACUGUUAUGUCUUCCAGUGAACGCAACGUAGGAAUUUCCUCAAGCCCGAGUAACACGGUUACUUUCUCCAGCCAAACUGACACUGCAACCUUGUCCAGUCAAAUUGACACAAUUAUUUCGACCAGUCUCAUAGGCAAUGUUAUUUAUUCCAGUCAAAUGGACACUGUUAUUUCCACCAGUCAAUUAGACAAUAUUAUUUAUUCCAGCCAAAUUGACACUGUAAUUUCAACCAGUCAAAUCAGCAGUGUUAUUUUAACCAGUCAAAUAGACAAUGUUACUUCUUCCAGUCAAAUAGAAAAAGUUGCUUCUUCCAGUAAUUUUGACGGAACUUUUUCAAGCCAGAUUGACUUAACUACUUCAUCAAGCCUAAUAGAUCAUAUUACGUCUUCCAUUCUUGACAAAGUAAUUUCUGCCAACCAAAUUGACACUACCAUUUUAACCGGUAAAACUGACAUUGCUACUACUUCAAGUCAGAUAGGCGUUAGCAUUUCAUCAAAACAGAUUGAAACUGCUACAGUAUCUAGCCAAAGUGACAUGACUAAAAUUUCAAGAACCAUUGACAUUGCUUCUACUUUAGACCAGAUUGACAGAGCCACUCUCUCUAGUCAAACUGCCAUUGUAUCCCCUUCUAGCAAAAUUUCCAUAAUGCCCUCGUCAACUUAUGUGAUAUCCACCAGUCAAUUAGACACUGUUAUUUAUUCCAGCCAAAUUGACACUGUAAUUUCAACCAGUCAAAUCGGCAAUGUUAUUUUAACCAGUCAAAUGGACAACAUUACUUCUUCCAGCCAAAUACAAAAUGUUGCUUCCAGUCAUUUUGACAGAACUCUUUCAAGCCAAAUUGACGUUGUUAACUCAUCAAGCCAAAUUGAUCACGUUACUUCUGCCAGCCUUGACAAAAUUAUUUCUGCCAGCCAUAUUGACACUACUACUUUAACCAACAAAACUGACACUGCUAUUACUUCAAGUCAGAUAGGCGUUAGCAUUUCAUCACAACAGAUCGACACUGCUACAAUAUCUAGCCAAAGUGACAUGACUUAUAUUUCAAGUACAAUUGACAUUGCUUCUACUUUAGACCAGAUUGACAGAGUCACUUUCUCUAGUCAAACUGCCAUUAUAUCUCCUUUUAGCAAAAUUUCCAUUAAGCCUUCGUCGACUAUAGAAAUGCAAGAAUCAUCGUAUAUAACCGUGGCUGAUUUAGAAUCUAAAACCAGAAAAUUUGAUGCAUCCUCUGAUAUUCUUAAUCCCUCUCUAGGAUUGACAUCAACACGGAAUUUUUAUUCGAAAUCUAUAAUUCGGAGUUCUGAAUUUUCUAGAGUCUCUCCGUCUAACUUUGAGCAGCUUAUUACGUCUUCAGCAAUAAGUUCAUCUAUUGUUUUAUCCACGAAUGCUAGUCCAUUUUCUUCGAUUGUGCAGAAGCUAUCCACUUAUUCAGGAACUGUUCUAUCUUCAGAGGUACAUGACUCAUCGCUUGCAAUGGGCCAGAGUUCCAUGGUAUUUAAUUCGGUAUUAAGUUCCACUGAACCAUCUUUCCAAUCGGUUAUUCAGACAGCAACUCAAAACCUUCAGUUAAGUAGUAUAACAAGGGAAAUUUCAUCAGAGAUUAAAAGCUUGAGUACUAAAUUGACUAUAGAAACAUCCGGGAAUUUUCAGUCUCAAACAUCGGAUGUUUUUCUCUCUUCAAGCUAUUUGUCUACUUUUCUACAGUCUUCGUCUUCAGAUAUGAUUUCCAACAUUUUGUCUUAUACAACAAGCUCUUCAGAUAUGCAACCUAUUUCCAGUUAUCAGGCAGUGGGAUCUUCAGCAGUCUUAUCAAGCUCUGGAAUUGGUGUAAAAACAAGUCAGGCAGAGGAAUCAUCGUCAAUUAUUAGACGAAAAGCUAGCUCUGUUUUAGAUAUAUCUUCUAGUGACUUUUUCGCCACUAAACGUGUAUCAUCAAUACAAUAUGGGGUAACAACAUUUACCCACUCCUUUUCGAGUGCACUCUCGUCUUCUGAAAUCUACAGUGUCCCCAGAUCGUCAAUUUUAUUAUCAACAAGUUUGUUGGAACAACAGAGCACAGGAGAAAGUACAUCUGUGUCAAUCAGCAUCAUGCCAACAUCGAGUGAGUUUAUGGUAAUGUCAACCAAACAAGACAAUUUGAAAAGUUCUCUUAAAUCGUCUUCGGUUUCUUCAGAGUUACGGCUAUCAUCAAGUGGCAAAAAUAUUAUAACCAGUUAUUCUUCAAACUUCUUUCGAUCUUCAUUGGUGUCAAGUAAAUAUUUCUCCGGAAUGGAUUCAAUGACCACUGAUUUAUCCUCAAAAAUGUUACACAGUACUGGAAUAAUACCUUCAGGUUUUCUCUCCACAUCUCUAUUAAGCACCAAACUAGGAUCUUCAAGUUAUGAAUUGUCAUCUGAAAUAGCCAGCAGUGCAUACUCACAAAUUUCAGGAUUGGAGAUAUCCAGGCUUUCAACUUCCUCUGUAGAUUCGGCAACUUCAAGACAAGUAUCAUCCUUUUCAUCCACUUCUGUUCCCGAGACAUCAACUGGGUUACCGUUCCUGACUUCUUCAGAGCAUUUGUCAGUGGUAUCUAGUGUUGCACCACUUUUGUCUACUGUGAAGGGCACAGAUACAUUUGUGUCAUCAACACCAUCACUGAUGUCAUCAUCGAUUGAGUCAUCGUUUAUUUUGACAUCAGACGCAGUUAUCACCACACCCCGAUCUUCUUCAGAAACAUUCUCCGUUAUGCCAACUUCUUCGUCAUCAGCAGCAUCGACAGCCAAAUUGUACACAUCAUAUGAGGAUAACGUGUCAACAUCGCCUUUACACAGCAUAUCAAAUCUUUCAUCUACAGUUAAAUCAAUGUCAAGUGAAAUUCAGUUAUCCACAAGUUCAAUUUUUACAUCAUCUGAUUUUGUUUCUGCUACUCCACAUUCUUCGGCAGUAUCCGGUGAUUUGGUGUCUUCCUCAACAGCCUUACCAUUCACCACCAGUACAAUAAUAUCAACACCAGCUUCUACAGUCACAGAUGUCCCAGCAACUUCUAGUGUAAUCUCAGAAACGACUUCCCUCCCAACCACAACAUCAGAAUCAACAACCAUUGCAAAGAGUACAUCAUCAGUUGCAGACAUAACCACGACAUCAGCGCCAGUUCAGAUCGUAUCCGCAAAACUACGAAUCACCAGUUUGGAUUGGAAGCCUGAAUACACGGACAAAAAUUCUGCUGACUUUCGGGCUUUGUACGAUCUUGUCAACAGUACUCUUACCUACGCGUAUAGCAGCAGUGUAUAUGGAGCACGUUACGUCACUGUUUCAGACAUAGUCUUUAGACAGGGUAGUAUCAUCGUGGAGUUUAACGUCAAGUUUUCCUCGGGAGAACCUAUAGAUACGAAUGUUCUGAGUCAGGAAGUCAAUAGUAUGUCAACGCUCUUACCUCCACAGGUGCAGCUUGAUACAAAUUUUACCUCACACACAGCUGUUGAUGUAUCAACAACUGAAUCUGUAACAACCAUGGCCCCAACAACUGUAGCUAUGACAACAAAGUUGCUAACAACCACACCCAUAAUUACACAUGAUCCAACCGACAAACCGGAAACUACAAAGGUAACAACAGUUCCUGUGACAACACAAGUGACAACAGAAUCUACAACCACUUCAAAAUUCACAACAGAAAGUGUGACAACACCAAUAACUGUACCUUUGACAACACAGUCCUUAACAACAGAGAGUCAAGAAGUCAAUGACACCUCAACAGAGCAAACAACACUUCCUACAACUCAUGAUUUAACAUCAGAUAUACCCUCCACGACUCUCCAAUUCACUACUCCAGUUAACACAACUCGCUCUUUCACAACAAAGGUGGCUUUAACAACAGAUUUAACAACAGAAAAGAUGACAACAAAUAUAAGCAAGGAACCAUUCACAACAACUAAAGAGCCUAGUGUACAAAACCAAACAGCAUCAUCAACAACAUCAGACGUAAGUUCAACCGCCUCUUUUACAGAGAAGUCAACGACAAUAUCUCCAUCAACAAGAGUGACUGAAACAACAACUCCCGAAUUGUUAACAACACAAACAGUUACCACGGAACAGACCACUGUUCCUCUUUUCCUCAAAGAGUUUGAUGUCACCAUUCGAGUUUUGGGCGAGCCCUGGGACCCAAACUAUGCAGUGCCAUCUUCACAAAACUACGAGAUACUGAACAAUGCUUAUAAAACCUUUCUUUUUAAUGCUUAUCGUUAUGGUACAUAUGGGGAUCAGUUCAUGGAUAUCACGAAUUUACAGUUCAGGGAAGGCAGCAUUAUCAUGACGUAUGUUAUAAUGUAUCUAGGGAUCGAUCCCAUUGAUCCUCAGAUCCUGGAUAUGAUGGUCAAUAAUGCGUUUGCAAACGAAACUAUUCCUGGCGUGACUAUUGACAAGUCCUUUACCUCACAUAUAGAAAUAUUACACGAUACAUCUACAAUCUCACCAAUUCCUGAUUUCACAAUAACUGUGCCGACAACAGAACAACCAACAACAGCAGCUGUAACAUCAACUGUUGCAGAUAAACUAACAACGGACACUAUUAUAACACAGCAAACGACAAAGAAAUCAACUGAGGUUAUUACAACAGAUCAGACAAGGCAGACAACACCGCAAACAACAGGGGUUCCAGCAACAAACACAACAACAGACACUGUAACAACAGAACAAACAAAAAAUCUAACAACUGGAGAAACAACAACAGAAAGAAUGACAAGUCAGACAACGUUAUUGAUAACAACACACCAAAACUUAACCUCAACAACAGAUGGUAUUACAACACAACAAACAACACAGAAAACAUCUGAGGCAAACCAGACGACCGAGGCUAUAACACCACAAACAACAAACAGGACAACUGAGGCUUUAACUACACAGCAAUCAACACAAAGGUCAACUGAUGCUAUAAGUACAACAUUGAUGACAACAACUCCUCCCGUAUUGAGUACUAUAGAUAGCACUGAACAGAACUUGGAAGUCACUAUUCGUAUUCUUAGUGAGAACUGGAACCCUUCUUAUGCAGAUCCUGAUUCAGAUAGCUACCGCAAUUUAGUUGUGACAUACUACACAUUUCUUUAUGACGCCUACUCCUUAGGCACCUAUGGUGACAGAUUUGGGGGAUUCUCAAGUGAAUUUAUAUUUAGCCAGGGUAGCGUCAUCAUAAACUAUGCUGUAUCAUUCCUGGGUAGUCAACCUGUGGAUGUUCAGAUUUUAAAUUCGGAAAUCAACAAGGUGUUCCAGGAUGGUACCUUUGGUCCAGAUGUGGUUAUUGAUCCCAACUUCACUUUUCAUAAAGAAACAAGCGUUGGGCCUAUACUAUCAACAACACAGAUACCAAUUUCAUCAGCACAAACAACUCAAUCAUCAUAUUCAAGUAAAUCAACAACUACUGGUGCAGUCACUCAGGAAUCCACAACAAUCCGUAGCCAGGAAACAACCAAAUAUCUGUCAACAGAAGAAGUGACAACUGUUUCUCAAACUAGUAAGGAAAUGUUAACAACAACCCCUCAAAUUCUGACAAACGCAACAAUACCUCUUUCUACCACAAAUGUUGCCACUGAGUCUCCAUCUACAACAGCUGGACCUACAACAACAUUGAGAAUUCCUGAAGAAGUGACAAAUGCCACAACAACUGAUUUUGUUAGCACAACUCGUGGUGGAACAACAAGUUUCAAAACAACAACUAAAACCCCUGUUACUGGAACAACAGUGGACGAAAUUACAGAUAUUUUUAAUUCAACAGCAUCACAGACUAUUACAUCAACACAACCUAUUACGACUGAAGCUCCAUCAACAAUUUUAUCAACUACACAAGCCUCAAAAACCACGGAAGCUGUAGUUACAACUGAUGGACAAAUGACUGACGCAUCAACCACAACACCCUAUAUGCAAACAACUACACCUGUUAAAACAAAUACUCCAAUAACAACAACCCAAACAACAUCAACUAAUACAACAACUCAAUCUCCCAUACCGUCUCCAUCUUCAACAACAGUCGGAAAAGUUGUAACAACAGAAGCUUCCUCAACAACUAAGGUUUCAACAACUUCAGGACCAUCAACAACAAUAUCUCAAUCUACAACAACUCAUAAAUCAAUUACUGUGACAUCUCCAGAAUCAACUCAAGCACCAACAACACUGACUCCCACAACAACUCAAGCUUCCACAACUACACAGGCACCAACAACAACCAAAUCAACGGUUGAACAAACAGUGGAUGUUUCCUUGAGAAUCAUCAAUAAAAGUUGGGAUUCAAAUCUGGCUGAUCUAAACUCUGUGGAAUAUCAGUCGCUCAAGAACCAGAUCUAUCCUAAACUGCUGGAGAUAUACAUGGCCAGUGUUUACAAAACUAGAGUUGUUGGAAUUGUGGAUAUAUCGUUCAGAGAGGGGAGUGUGAUUGUUGAUUUCACCGUACAGUUUUCCGGAGUUGCUCCAGUUUCACCGGAAGAGCUGAAUACAGUCGUAAACAAUGCUGUAGAUAAUGGCAGUUUUGGAACUGAAAUUACUAUAGAUCCAGCCUCAACAUCACACAAUAAUGUUCCUGCUGUAUCAAUCGCCACUAAAGAAUCAACAACUAAAGCUCAAAUGACAACACAGGCUCUUAAAACAACUCAAGCUCCAACAUUUACACAGACACCAACAAUAACAGAAGGAAAAACUAUUACUCAAACUUCAACAACUACACAGGUACCAACAACUACUGAAGUCCAAACAACUCAACCUCCAACAACUACACAGGCACCAACAACAACUGAAGCCCAAAUAACAACUGAAGCUCCAACAACUACACAGACACCAACAACAACUGAAGCUCCAACAACAACUCAGGCAUCCACAACAACACAACCUCCUACAACUCAAGCUGCAACAACAAUUGAAACAUUCACAAAAACUCAGACUCCAACAACAACUCAAGCUCGAACAACUACACAGACACCAACAACAACUGAAUCUCCAACAACAACUCAGGCACCCACAACAACUCAGGCACCCACAACAACACAAGCUCCUACAACUCAACUUGCAACAACAACUGAAGCAUCCACAACAACUCAGACUCCAACAACUACACAGACACCAACAACAACUGAAGCUCCAACAACAACUCAAGCACCCACAACAACACAAGCUCCUACAACACAAGCUGCAACAACACUUGAAGCAUCCACAACAACUCAGACUCCUUCAACAACUCAAACUGCAACAACUACACAGGCAGUAACAACAACUAAAGCUCCAACAACAACUCAGGCACCCACAACAACACAAGCUCCUACAACUCAACCUGCAACAACAACAACUCAGACUCCUUCAACAACUCAAACUGCAACAAUUACACAGGCAGUAACAACAACUAAAGCUCCAACAACAACUCAGGCACCCACAACAACACAAGCUCCUACAACUCAACCUGCAACAACAACUGAAGCAUCCACAACAACUCAGACUCCUUCAACAACUCAAACUGCAACAACUACACAGGCAGUAACAACAACUAAAGCUCCAACAACAACUCAGGCACCCACAACAACACAAGCUUCUACAACUCAAGCUACAACAACAACUGAAGCAUCCACAACCCCUCCAGCACCUACAACAACUCAAGCUGUAACAACUACACACAAAGCAACAUCAUCUGAAACAAUUACAACCACUCAAGCUCCCACAACAACUCAAGCACCUACAACAACUCAAACUCCAACAACAACUCAAGCUUCCACAACUACACAGACACCUACAACUGAGGCAUCCACAACAACUCAAUCACCAAAAACUCAGGCACCCACAACAACACAAGCCUCUACAACAACUCAAGCAUCUACAAUAACUCAAUCAUCAACAACAACUCCAGCCUCAACAACAACUAAAGCUCCAACAACUACACAAGCACCAACAACAACCCAAUCAGCUAUUGAAAAAACAGUUAAUGUUUCAUUGAAAAUCAUCAAUAAAAGUUGGAAUUCAAACCUGGCUGAUCCAAACUCUGUAGAAUACCAGUCACUCAAAAACCAGAUAUAUCCUAAACUUCUGGAGAUAUACUUGGCCAGUGCUUACAAAAAUAGAGUCGUGGGAAUUGUGAAUAUAUCAUUCAGAGAGGGGAGUAUUCUUGUUGAUUACACCAUACAAUUUUCCGGAACUGAUCCAGUCCCACCGGAAGAGUUGAAUACGAUAGUGAACAAUGCCGCAACUACUGGUAGUUUUGGACCGGAAAUUACAAUAGAUCCCGCCUCAACAUCACAUAAUAAAAUCCCUGCUGUACCAUCCACCACUGAAGAAUCGACAUCCGCUCCCGAAACAACGACAGAAGUCACAGCCGCCCAGUUUUCUGUCCCUAACUGGGGCAUUGCGGUGAUUGUCUGCGGGGCUGUGGUUCUUAUCUUUUUGUUAGCCAUGAUUUGUGUCCUGUGCUCAAGGCGACAUACAAAACAGAAGUACCGCAUGCCAGAAGACCCGGAUGAUAUCGGAUAUAUCCGGAAAUCGGCAGGAAGUGAAUUUGCUUACGAUAAUAAUAUACCAAAGGAGGCCAUGACAGUUGAUGAGGAGAUCAAACCUCCUUCACAAGUCAUACAUUUGAAGAAUUCUGAUCUGCAGCAAAACCCAGCGCCGGAAGUUCGGCAAAAUGGAAACACGCAAGCGCAAGAAAAUGAUACAACCAUUUUCUUUGAUACCGAGGAAUAUCCGUCAGACGAAAGGCAUCCGCCAUCUGACCCUAUAAGUUCUGACGAGAUUCAGCUGCAAAUAACAGAUAGCAAAGAUAGACAAGGCGGCGGGGCCAAUAGUAAUGAUCAAGAGCAAUCAGAACUUGAUGACCAUUUGUAGAGAGCUGAGGUGAUUGACACAGAUAGUUACACCGGAAGUGAUGAAAAACCUCAUAGCGAAACGGAAUCAAUGGAAUUAGAUGAAAAUAUGUUUCAAUCCAUAAAGGAUUUCCCUAAGACUAAAUA